GAUCAGCUGACCCAGGAGCGCUCCGGACUUUGAAGCUGAGUCCGGCUGUGGUUCUUCAUCUGGACAAAUCUUCAACAGCCUCUGAACUGUGUCCAUACACCUCUGCCGCCUUCCCUGCUGGGAUCCUCCCUCUGCAGCCAUGGUCUGGAGGACACUGGGUGCAAGCAACUUUUCCCUCUGCCCCAACGGCUCCAUCCAGUGGAUCUGGGAUGUGUUUGGUGAAUGUGCUCAGGAUGGCUGGGAUGAGGCCAGUGUGGGCCUGGGCUUGGUCUCCAUUCUCUGCUUUGCUGCAUCUACCUUCCCCCAAUACAUCAAGGCCUGCAAGACAGGGAACAUGGACCAGGCCCUGUCCUUUUGGUUCCUCCUGGGCUGGAUCGGUGGAGAUUCCUGCAACCUCAUUGGCUCCUUCCUUGCAGACCAGCUACCCCUGCAGACCUACACGGCUGUGUAUUAUGUCUUGGCUGACCUUGUGAUGCUGACCCUGUACUUCCAUUACAAGUUCAAGAACCGGCCUUCUCCAUUGUCUACCCCUAUCAAUUCUGUGCUCUUGUUCAUCUUGGGAACGGUGUGUAUCACACCACUGUUAAGCAUCGCUGAUCCUGUGGCUCUCCCCAGGGAAGGCUUCCGGGGACGGACGCUUUUGUCUGUGGAGUCUGGCAAUAAGCCAUUCACAAAGAAGGAGGUCAUCGGCUUUGUCAUUGGCUCCGUCUCCAGCGUGCUGUACCUGCUCUCCAGGCUGCCUCAGAUCCGCACCAAUUUCCUACGGCAGUCAACCCAAGGUAUUUCCUACUCACUGUUUGCGUUGGUGAUGCUGGGGAACACGCUGUACGGGCUGAGCGUGCUGCUCAAGAACCCUGAGGCGGGCCAGAGUGAGGGCAGCUACCUGCUGCACCACCUGCCCUGGCUCGUGGGCAGUCUGGGUGUGCUGCUGCUUGACACCGUUAUCUCCGUCCAGUUCCUGGUGUACAGGAGCCACACCACUGCUGCCGCCUCAGAGCGAGAGCCUCUCCUCCCAAGCUGACCUGUACCCUAGAUGAUGGGAACCUCAGCUGCCAUCCCAGGAAGAGCGAAGUGUGGGCAGUGAUCCUGCUGCCCCUGGACUGGGCCUCGGAGGUGGCCUGAGGGAGGCCUGGAACUCUGGGCCUGGUUGCCUCCCCUCCAUGCCUGGCUUUUAGACAGGUCUGGAGUUGGAUCAUGCUAUGCCAGGACAUACCUCUCAGUUAUAAAGACAGCUUCUCAAGGAGCCUGUAGGGGACCCGUAGCUGAGACCCCAGAAGCUGGUGUGGCUACCUCCCAUCCACCUACCUCAAUCUGCCUGUGUACCCCAGGCUGCAUCAUAUCCAGGGGACCCAGGGUUGUCCUCUGACUGGAUACAACUUAGUAAAUGAUACCUUUCAGCUGGACCUGUUUCUGUUGCUCCCUCCCAUGGUGCUUGGGGUCUGGGCAGGGACCUAGAGUAAGUCCAGACUGAUGGGGAUCCCAUGUCCAGCAUCCAUGUCCUCUUAUAGAUGGGCCCUACCGUGGUGGUGUGACAGUGCAUCAGUGGGCAUCCCUGCGAGGCAGAUAACUAGGUGGGGUUUGGUUGGACAGUUCCAGAGGCUCGGCCUGACCAUGCUUCUCUACGUGCUCACCAGGGUUGCAUAGGGUGAGGUGGUUAGCCCAAAGCGAGGCCAUAUGUGGUCAGGAGUCCUGGAGUCACAACUCAGCAAAGGUCACCUUGGAGGUAGAAAAGAGGGGCACACCAGUGCUUUCCUGGAGAAGGUGGUGACUGGAAGCGUGGGUGGAAGAGGACAGGAGGAGAUGGGGCACACAAGUGACAAAGGCGGAAAGGCAGGGAGAAAGGUUGCUUUCAGCUCACUUCAUUCCUCCCUCCUGUGGGCCACCACCUUUGGGUGACUUGGGGACAGAGAACUAGCUACCUUUCCUCUUAGCCCCAGCUUAUUCACAUACAUUAUUUUAGGUCCAGAAAGCCAGAUGCAGGGCCAGGGGCCACCUGACAGACAGACAGACAGACAGACAGACAGAGGGCAGCCACCUCAGAGUGCUCCUUUAGUUUCUCUGCCCACAGCUGCAGAGAGCGGGUCCUGGCACAGACCUUGGCAAGGCAUGUAUGCAGUGUGCGCAGCUGACCGCUAGCCGCAGCUGGAUGUCUAGACAUGACCCAUCCCGAGACCUGGCUCUCGGCUACUUUCCUGGGCCCCGAUGGCACCUUUCCAAGUCUGAAGAUCUGGGGCCUCCACAUGGCACAUGACCUCAGGUGCAGGCGUGAACUGAAGCUGUGUGGGCAGGAGCAAAGGAAAUGGCAGUCCCGCCCGAACAGCCCUCCUCCAUUUAUCCGGUAGGGGUGACACCUCUUCACGGGGAGAUGUGCUUUGCUGCGGGAUGCCUGUCUGACUCAGGCACAGACCAUGCAGCCUACCUAACCCUGAGUCCUCUAGUUGGAGGCUUGCUCUACUGCCCCAGUAGGAGCCAGAGUAGGAGGUGUGCAGAGCCUGGUUAUGUUUGCCAGGUCUGUCCCUGCUUAGUGGUUCAGGGACUUCAGGAUCUCAAGCCUGCUUCAGCCACUGGUGAGCCUUGUGACUUGGGCCAACUCCCCAGCCUGUGACCCUCUCCCACAAUGCCAAAAUACAGUGUUGUUGACCGUAGAAGCUAUUUGUGCUGACUGCAUGAGAUUUGCUUUUGGGUUUAUGUCCUGGUGUCUGGCACAUGGGUGAAGAAAUGGUAACUAGUCUGGCGGUGGUGAUGCACACCUUUAAUCCCAGCACUUGGGAGGCAGAGGCAG